UCAGGAAGCCUGACUAAUUAGAUGUACUACAUGUACGUACGAACGACUGUGUUUUAACUACAACUACUAAAACGACACACGUGGGGACAGUCCUGCCAAAUGUUGGCCACAGCUAGGCCUACCUCUGCACCUAAGGCUAAGUUAUAGACAGAGAGAGUUUACCUUUGUUUGUCACGUGUGAUUUAGUUGAAGAAUGGGACGAAGAAGGAAGAGAGUUCAUAAUCGCAAGGGAGAGGAGUCGGACUAUGACAGCGACGAUGAACGAGCCUACAAGAAGAUGCCUGUGCCGGACCCCACGGCACCAGACUACUUCAUGGACGAGGUAGACGAGUUCAAUGAGAACAGAGACAAGAUCCUCCUGGAGAGAGACGGGAGGCUAGAUGGAGAGAGCGACUCAGAGAAUCAGGAAGAGAUACUUCCUUUGGACUAUUCAGACUCGGACGAUGACGACAUUGAUGAGAAGCUUCGCCGCAUCCGGACCCAGCAGCACCUGGAUGAGAUUGCCAGCGACUUGGAAGAUGAGGAGGAGGGCAGGGAGGAGCCGGGAGAGGAGACGGGGCUCCCCGAUGCCAAAUCCUGGGGCAAGGGGAAGAAAGAGUACUACCACACCGAUUAUGUGGAUGAUGAUAUGCCCGGUGCCAGCGGGUCCGAGGAUGAAGAAGCAUUUGAAGAGGAGAAGGAAGCCCUUGCCAUCCAGAAAAGGAUGUCACAGAUGAUGCAGGAGACAGAUUUUGACAUGCAGCUCUUCCAGGUUUCAGUAAAAGCCAAAGAGAAGAAAGCCACUGAUUUGGGUGAAGAGGCAGAGGAGAAAGUAGUGAAGGACCUGAGUAAACUCUCCAAGCGAGAGAAAAUGGAGAUUCUGAAAAAGGAAUCUCCAGAAUUUCUUGAACUUGUCGGAGACUUCAAGACAAAGUUGAAGGAGGUGAUCAACACAUUACACCCUCUCCUGGGCAUGGUGAAAGAUGGUAGAAUACCACAGGGCCCAGGAGCCGACUACAUCAGCACUAAAUACAGGCUGUACAUCAACUACUGCGUCAACAUCAGUUUCUACAUGACGCUCAAAGCCAAGCACGUCCCUGUUCACAAUCACCCUGUCAUCACCAGAAUAUUGGCUCACAAAAAGCUAAUUAAGGAACUGGAACCGUUGGACCAGCAACUGGAAUUGGAGAUCCAAGAACUUCUUGAAAAACAACAGACUGAUGAUGUCAUCGCACCCGACAGCAGUGACGAGAAUGCCAGCAGUGACAAGGAUGGCAUUGACAGUGACGACGAUGCAACGUUGACACGGACCACCAGAAUCAAAGCCGGCGUCAAGGCGAAGAAAGGCCGCCAUGAAGCAUCCUCUUCGAAUGGCCGCGGAGCGAAGGCCGCUGAAAAGACUACCCAAGACCCGGCAGCAAACCGUUCACCCGGUACCGGGAUGACACCCGACGAGGAGCAGAGAGCGCUGGAGUACUACGAGAAGAUUGCCAAAGAGGUGCAGGAGAGAAGAUUGGAGCGGAAGAGACAAGCAAAGGAUAUGGAGAGCCAAGAAGAAGCUGGGGACGAGGAAGGCGAAGAGGCAGAAGACGGCAAGAGGGCCAUCACCUACGAGAUUUCCAAGAACAAAGGCCUAACGCCCCGCCGCAAGAAAGAGCAGCGGAACCCACGGGUCAAGCAUAGGAUGAAGUUCAAGAAAGCCAAAGUCAGGCGCAAGGGGCAGGUCCGUGAGGUGAGGAAAGAGUUGACUCGUUACGGUGGUGAGAUAUCGGGCAUCAGGGCUGGCGUCAUCAAGAGCAUCCAGAUCAAAUAAUUGAUCUCCUGUGAGGCUACGCUGUCAACGUGUCGGAAAAAAUGACCAUUAGAAGUUAUCCCUCUUUGGUCGGCCAUCACAAAUUGAAGAAAUGUUAAGUAAAAGUCUCGUGGGGUCAUGCUAUUUAGCGUCAACAAGCGACGACAAAGUGUCAACAAGUUAUUCAAGCAUACCGGUAUUUAUGGAAAUAUUUUACAUUUACAUAUCAUAUUUAAUGUAUUACAUUAUUCAAAAUUCGAGGGACUAAGUCGGGCCUGCUAGUGCAGCCCGGCCAGCUGCCAUCUUGUUUUCCCAUGGACGUGAAAAAGCUGCAUUUCCGAAGCAAAUUCGCUGUUUUUCUCUACACACAGUGGUAGCUGUUAGAAACGUGAUUUAAACCACUUUUAAAUCUUCAGGGGAUAUUUUAAAGUUGUGGACGCUUUGUUGAUACUACUUGUGCCUGUUGAUGCUUGUUGACGCUUUAAUAGCGCGACUACUGUUGUGCCGUUUGGAAUCACCUUCUCUGAACUUCCAGUGACUUUUCUUCAACAGCCAUUUCUGACAUGUCUGGUUGAAAGUUAAUUUAGGCCAUUUUUGUUCAGAAUCAAGCAAAUUCAAUCUGGAAUUCUUUGAACUUCUUUUGCCCAGAUCAGUAAAUGAUCAGUUUGCCUGUACUGCAUGAUAGAUAUCUCUGACUACUUGCACAGUAUGGAAAUGCCGGUGGGAUCUUUAUCAAAAUAGAAUACAAGGGUAUGAUUUUAA